AUGGGAUUUUCAAGCGAACUUGUGUGCAUAACCCGAUUUAAUGUGUCAGUGAGGCGGCGGUGCGCUGUCUGGAAUCAAUCGAUAUUGCUGUCGUUCGUUCGGUCCGCUCGCACCCCCAUCCCUCAACGGACGGGUCAUCUCGACACAAUUGCGCUGCUGCGCACUGCAUUUUGCUAUGAAUAUCACUCAUUCCUGGAUGAGAUCGUAGUGAUCCAUUGCUUGAUAGAUGAAAGUACUGUGUCUGCGAACAAUUCGUACUGGGGUGACGAAAAACACGCGGACGCAGUGUACGCCGUUUAUCUGAAAAAGGUCAGAUAUGUUCCUCCUCCAGGUUACGACGGUGUACCGAGGUACCGUGCCAUCGAUCCGGACCGUCCUCAACUUCAAUGUCCGUGCCCAGGAUCAGAUCAUCUCCAAUGGGAAAGUGUGAAGGAGCGUGUGAUAAAAGCCGGUACCAUGGAAAAGCUUGUGGAAUGCCUCGUGGGUGCAGAUGGCACAAUGGAUUCUCGACAUUUCAACGUAUUUUUUGCCACAUAUAGAGCAUUUGCGGAACCUAUGAAUGUGCUAGAUAGAUUACUUCGUCGCUAUGAGUCACUUGAAAAUGAGGUGAACUCGAGUACAUCCGCUCUUGUUAUACAAAAUUCUAUCCGAUCAAUAUUGAUCUGCUGGUUGGACAUGUAUCCGGAGGAUUUUUACGAUCCCGAAUGCGAUUUCUCUAUGCUUACGAACAUACUGGAUUUUGGGCAACGCAGCAAGUUAUCCGACUUACGAGCUAAGUCAAGAAAGCUACUGGAACGCUUCAAGCAUGUUCAGGAAGAAGGCGGCAUGAUAGCCGCUCUUCCAUCCCUAGAUCAGCUUGCUUAUGCUUUUGGUUACGAUGCUUCUGAAUAUUCGAAAAAUCCGCAGGAGAGAGUGAAGAUGUUCGACGUGGGGAGCGAAAAUUGUGUCCAGAUUGCAGAGCAAUUAACAUUUUGGGAUGCGGAACUCUUCCGUGAACUCAUCAUCCAUCAAUGUCAAGGAUGUGUAUGGUCAAAAAGGCAUAGGUUACCAAAUGAAAAGGUGUACACAGUGAAAGCAACCAUUGAUCAGUUCAAUGCAGUCUCACAACGGGUCAUGACGAGUAUCGUUCUGCCAGACUGUCGACCUGAUUUUCGGGCCAAGAUAAUCGCCAAAUGGAUCGAUAUUGCGAGAGAACUCCGAGCUCUGAAGAACUUCUCGUCGUUGAAAGCGGUCUUGUCGAGCCUUCAGUCUGAACCAGUGCAUCGCUUGAAAUCUGUGUGGGCCCUUGUUCCGAGUCGAUCUAUGGCGCAGUUCCGCGAUCUGUCAGCAAUUUACGACAUGGACGAGGAGGGUGACGAACGGAACGCUCGACGAAUACUGGAGCAGGAAGGAACAGCCAAAAGUUCACCACUCAGACGUCCCCAACUCGUUCAGAACUGUCGGCGAACAAAGAGUGAUGUAAAUUUAGCGGAAUGUCAGGGCACGGUGCCGUAUUUGGGCUCGUUCCUUACGGAUUUAACAAUGAUAGAUCAAUGCACUCAGGAUUUUACUGAAGAUGGAUUGAUCAACUUCGAGAAACGUCGUAAGGAAUUUGAAGUGCUGGCAAAGCUUCGACUUUUCCAGUCAGCUGCUCGUGCUUAUCACAUACCCAUGGAUCGCGUGUUCUGUGCAUGGUUUCACUUUUUACCGUGCUUAUCCGAGAAGGAGUGUUUCAAUCGUUCUUUGGAAGUCGAACAGCCAACGGUAGUUUCAACGCCCGAUCUUAAUUCGCGUCACAACACAUCACAAUCCAAUGGAAACUCCAAUGUAUUGGCAAAAAGCAACACACUCGCUCGUCUAUUCAAUUCGUCGAAACUUAGUGAAGAUGGGAAUGCGAAUGUUUCGCAUUCGCAUUCGCACUCUCAUUCGCAUUCUCAAUCCAGCUAUGCCGAUCCAGUCGUCGAAUCUACCUUAGCCGCUAUAUCCCCGAUGGCUGUCCGACUCUCGAGUGACAGUUGCACCAAUUAUGAAGAAUGGAUCGACGGUCGUGUUGAUGGAGGACCUCCUGGACCCGUGUCGCUUUCACGGACGAUGUCUCGGACAGCGCCAGGUGUUCAAUCAUUUACAGCACCGUCAACGCCUGCAAGCUCAGUGUCCUACAAAGGUGGAAGGUCUACAUUUUAUCAGCAACGUAUCGGAUGCGAAUUCUCACCUCUUGAUGUGUUUCCUCACAAAAGAGCGUACAGUGGUGACUCAACGCAGGAACUGGAAGCCUCUAUUUCCGCAACUAUUCCGGAGUGUUCGAGAGUGUGUUCUGAACAUUCACGUAUGGACUGUUUUGACACACCUAGCUGCAGUGCUUCCGUGCCAGAUCAUAUCAAACGAGGAUUGCAUCAGAGUGAUGCAUCCACCUGCUCAUCAUCCUCAUACCAGUCCUCUGGACCUCAAGCAGAUAGUGGAUCUUUUCAUCUAGCUCGAGUAGGGCUCGAUGAUGAAUGUCAAUCAUCUGUAGGUUGUGCGAAUUACAAGUGCAUUAAAGUAAAAAACGGUGAUCGUAUGAACGAAUUAAUAACCAGAGCACUAGAGAAACACCUUAUAGAGAGCCAAGAAGAUGAAUACUGCCUUGUGCAAUUGCUUCCAAAUGGAGGCGAAUUUCAACUUCCGGAUAAAUGUAAUCCGUACUAUGCAGUAGCACCAGAUCCUUCGUCUCCUAUGCUGAACCUUUUAUUACGAAAACGCAAAGAUGGCGCAAAAGGUGACGGAUCAUCGCCACAGGUUGGUCCUGCAACGAAAAAGCUCAACAAAAUGAAAAGAUCGAAUCUUCUAAGAUGGAGCAGCGGAUAUCUAUAA